AUGGCGCCGUUGAUCAGGCAGAAUACCCUCCCCAUACUAGGGGCCUCCUCAGGCCUCAAAAGCGCCGAUACGAAUCCCAACAAGACUGGCACGACGUCCAAAAAUACCGGUACCAGCUCCGACAAUGCUGGCGCCAGGUCCAAGAAUACUGUCGCCAUACCCCACAAUCCUGGCAUCAACUCCAACAACCCUGGAACCAGCGUCAGCAACACUGACAUUAUCGUCGGUCAGCAGAUUGGGAGUAUCAGCCACAAGUUUGAGGCUUCGUGGCACGUCGCACGAGCAAUCGAGGACGUUCAGAGGAAAGAAAAGGAAGAAGAGUGUCGCCGGGUGCUCUACUUCUUCGCGAGCAGCUCGAGGGAUGUCGACGAGGCCAGGCUGAAGGACCUGCAACCCACGUUCAAGAAUGUGCUGCUCACCUUCUGGGAACAACUCCGAGUCGACAAGGAUGGCGGCAUUGGCGGUGCUGUUACCAAGGAUCUCAGCGAGAAAAGGCUCGUGACCGGGAUCAUUGGAGAGCUCAUGGCUUCCAAAACCAAACAAAUCAGCAUACUGAUCGACGCGAUUGACACAUUAUCUUCGAGCGACCAGAAGAGAUUGCAUUCAAAGUUUCUCGAAGAGUGCAAGAAACACAAAAUGCAGGUGGACAUGGAGAACUUCCUCAGAGCGAAGCUCAGCGAGAAGAUGCUGCAGCAGGAUGAGGCCGGGAAAGGUUUGACGAAGGAGGAGAGGGAAAAAGCCAGAGAGCAAGAGAGAAACAAAGCCAGGGAGGAGAAAGACAAGACUAGUGAAGAUGAGGAGAACGAUAAGGACAGUGAAGAUGAGGAGAAAGAUGAGGACAGUGAAGAUGAGGAGAAGAACAAGGCCUGGGAUGAGUUGACGAAGGGGGAGAAAGACGAGGUCCAGGAGAUUGUGAAGAAGAUCAUGGAGCGCGCGCAGGAAAUGUUCCUGUGGGCUGCGGUCAUGGUGGACCUUGUCUGUCGCGCACACGACAAAAAAGACAGGGAGCAGGUGCUUGAGCGGCUUUUGCUGCCCAAGUACAUCCAGGAUGACUAUGAGAAGCUAGUAGAGGGGUGGGAGGGCAAGACAGCGCGCGGACGGCUGGAGGAGUGGCAGCGCAAGUUGGCGCGGCAGGCGACGGGGCUGCUGGCGCACAAGCAGGGACUGCUUUCGUACGACGCGCUGACGGAGGUGCUGGAAGAGGAGUUGCCGGAUGCAGUGGCGCAAAAGAGGGAGGCAGAAGCGCGAAAGCGGGAGGCGAAGAAGGUGGUGGAGUGUUGCAGCCCGUUCAUCGAGUACGACGAGGACCUGUGCAUCUUCCGCUUCGCGCACCCGUCGAUGCAUAACUUCUUCGUCAAGCGCGACGCCAGUCGUACGGCCUUUGCCGACCAGACGCUUGCCUAUCUGUGCCGGCCCGCCUUCCGCCGCGGGCCGUUCAGCGGCGCCGAGUGGUGGGACAUGGGCGAGCUUCGCCCCUUCCUCGACAGCCAUCCCUUCCUGGGCUUCGCGGCUGCCAACUGGGUCGAGGCCGUGCGCAACAGUAAGGCUGCCAACGGCCAGAACCGCAAGUCGACGCGCAACCUGCUGGCUGACCUGUACGGUGCCGACGACAACCUGCUGCUCGCCUUCCAGGUCUGGCGCUUCGCCGCCCACAGUACGAUGCCUACCCAACUGCGCUCCGCCCACAUUUUCAGCUUCUUCGGCCUCUUCGACAACCUUUUCAGCAGCAGUAGCCGCUUCACCACCGUCCACGAUGCCGCCAUGACCGACUCGGAGGGCCACAACGCCCUCCACUGGGCCUUGCAAGCCAACGACCAAUACACGCGACUGCAGACGGUGCGCAUUCUCAUACGAACCGACAAAGCCGCCGACAUGAUCUGUGCCCAGGGCAGCUCCGACCUGACACCGCUCCACCACGCCGCCCGCCUGGGAGACGUGGCUGUCGUGCGCCUCCUGCUAAGCCGCGACCCCGACAAGCGCGCCCUGAACGUCUGCAGCCAGCAAUAUGGCACUCCCUUAAUUAUUGCCGCCGCCCACGGCCGCGCCGACGUCAUUGAGGAGCUGAUCAAGGCUGGCGCCGACCUGAACCUUAAGUGCGACCUGGGCAAUGUGCUGCACGCCGCCGCCGCCGCCUCACCCGACAAGGCCGCCCACGCCUGCGUCGACGCAGUCCUGCGCGAGCCCCUCAACCUGGCCCGGCUGGACAUUGACGACCGUAAGCUGGACGGCACGCCGCUGCACACGGCCGCCUACCACGGCCGCCAGAGCGUCGUGGAACUGCUGCUCGAAAAGGGCUUCAGCGCGCGCAAGAGGAGCUGGAAGCAUUGCAGCACCAUCACAGCCGCCGCCGCCGGCUGCCACAGAGGCACCGACCACAAGCCCUUCAUUCGCAUCAUGGAGAUGCUGCACGACGCCGGCGCCAACGCCCACGCUGCCGGUACCACCGGCUACUUCGCCCUGCAUCACACCGCCCAGUUCAAUCAGCCUGAGAUCGCCCGUUUCUUGCACAACUGCGGCGCUAAAUGCCACCAGAAGAGCACCACUGGCACCCCCUUGGAGAUAGCUGCCGCCCAGGGCCACAUGGACGUUGCGAAGGUGCUUUUGCAACCAAGCCAGAAGAGGCAGAGGGCAUACAAGAGGAAGAGGAGUGAGAUGCAGCAGCGUCUGGCCGAAAGGGCGCGCAAGAAGAAGGAAGAGAAGAAGAAAAAGAGCACCUCACACGAAGAGAGUCUGCUACGCAGGGUCAUUCUAGCCGUCUGGGCGCCCAUUUGGGACAGCGCCGUCGCCGCCAACAAUAUGGCCCGAAUCUACUGGCUAGUCGAACAGUACGAGAAGGCAUGCGGCGGUUUCAUCCAGCAAAACUCCUCUCGGCACGUGAAAGGACUCGCGCCUUUGGGUACCGCCGUCUUCAGCUCGGUUGUCGGCCUUAUGGAGCGGCCGCGGGAACAGCAACAGAACCAGCAGAACCCGAGGUCUGGCCCGGAUCUGCGGCGGAGGGCGAGGCAAGUGCUGUCGACCACCACCAAGGGCGCACUCAAGCUUUACGGCUUCUGCGACACGACCCUGUCCUACUUCCAGCUCAAGGUGCACGACGGCCGUCGCUUCCGCAGCGCCACCACUGGUACCGAAUUCCACCCCGGCACGUACGAAGAAAUCCUCGACCGUCUCACUGUCGCUGCCGUGCGCAUGCUAAGCACGGCCUUCGAACACAAAAGUUUCGAAACUGUGUCACCUCUGGCAGAGGCGUGGAUCGAUGCCCUGCUGGCCAUCAAGUCGGUCAGCUUAUUGGAGAAGCUGGUCGGGAAGCGCGCCCUGGAGCUCAAGGUCAUCCUCACCAACACAAGCAAGACAGCCGUCGAAAAGCGGCGCGAGGCUGGUAUCCUGGCAAAGGUCGGAAUCGAGCUGCUGGCUGUCGCCCUAAGGCGCAGCGGUGAUGACGCCGGCGCAGCGAGGCUGGCCCGCAGCCUGGCCAAGCUGUGGGCCAUGGCCCUGAACGACGCAGGCGAUGACGCCGCUGACGCCGCCCGUAUCGAGGACAUCUACUCCGUCUGCAACGCCUUUCUCGAAAUGUUCCGUCACGCGUGUGAGUUGCCGUCGUCCAGCACGAGCGAACGAAGCGAACGCGUCAAACGAGUUCGCCUGCUGACCCUAGUCGGCGCUGAGCUCGUUGUCGAGGCCGUACGGACAGACAACGAGCCCUUGAUCAACAACAUGCGCCGCAUGAUGGACCUGGGCCGCAAACAAGCAAUCACGGCCCGCGUAAAGGAUGAACUCGAGGAUGUGUUGAUGAAAAGGCACAAUGGUCUCAAAGAUGAACACGCCGAGCUCGUUCAGGGUGACAAGGAGAAGCGCGACAGCGUCAUUGCUGGGCCUACCCCACCAGUCCAGGAUGAGGGCAGCAACGAUCAGAGCAACGCAAAUGAAGGGAGUGAACAUGAAAGCAGCGAAGGUAGCGAAGGCCAUUCCCCCAAUGGUGAAGGCAGCGAAAGUAAAGAUGGAAAGCCGAAAACGGAUGAGGAUGUUGAGAGCAGGAGACUCAGGAUCACUCUUCGGAUACUGCGGGGAGACCAACGAUGGUAG